AGAAGUUUGCUGUUAGUGUUACGGUGUGAGUUACAACUAUAAUAACUAGCAGUAUAUAAAAACAAUAGAAGUCUGUGGAUUAUCAUCAUUUAGAGAGCUGAGUGAACGUACGAGUAUUUGUGUGUGUGUGUGAGAGUGUGAGAGUGUGUGUGUGUGAGAGUGUGUGUGUUUCAGCAGGGAAGUGGUUGAUUCAAGCACAUUGUCUCACUGAGUCCCUCCCUCUAAACCACAGACAGACAAUAGAAGUGAGACCGACGACACACACUGCACUCUGUCGGGUAUCUCUCUAACGGCUGUGCGCGUGUGUGUGUGUGUGUGUGUGUGUGUGUGUGAGAGUAAUCAUGAGGACUCUCCACAGGCUGAAGUUGAUGAGUUCUCCCAGUCUGAGUGAUUUGGGUCGGUCAGAGAGAUCAGCGCUGGAUGACAGGAACAACCAGCAGCAUCGAGCAGGAACCAACGCCACCUGGAACAGCAUCCAUAAUGCCGUGAUCGCCGUGUUCCAGCGCAAGGAUCUGGGAGAGAAUGAGCUCUAUGUGCUGAAUGAAGGCGUCAGGCAGCUCCUAAAGACCGAGUUGGGCUCCUUCUUCACAGAAUAUCUGCAGAAUCAGCUGCUGACGAAAGGAAUGGUGAUUUUGAGAGAUAAGAUUCACUUUUAUGAAGGUCAGAAGCUGCUGGAUUCUCUGGCAGAAACGUGGGACUUCUUCUUCUGUGAUGUUCUGUCUAUGCUGCAGGCCAUCUUCUACCCCGUCCAGGGGAAGGAGCCGUCUGUCCGUCAGCUGGCUCUGCUGCACUUCAGGAACAUCAUCACUCUCAACAUAAAGCUGGACGAUGCUCUGACUCGACCGCGGGCCCGUGUGCCGCCCUCCGUCAUUCAGAUGCUCCUCAUCCUGCAGGGGGUUCACGAGUCUAAAGGUGUGAGCAGUGAUUACCUGAAGCUGGAGUGUCUGGUGCAGAAGGUGGUGUCUCCGUAUCUGGGGACUCACGGCCUGUUCUCCGGCGACGGCUCGGUGGCGCAGAGCUCGUGUGUUCUGGAGAAGCGGCUCCUGCGCCGAUGGCCGCGCUCCAGCGACUCGCCCGCUAAGAACCCCGUGGUGCGCUCCAAGAGCUACAACAUGCCCAUGCUGACGCCGGUGGCCGAGUACGACCCCGAGAGCAGCGCCGGCGCCGGGGCCAGACGCCACUCCGUCUGUCAGAUGACCUCCUGCGCAGAAGAGCCAGACGUCUGCGAGGAUCCGUCUCCUCCCAUCGUGGACCAGAUCCUGGAGUCUCUGGACUCCGACACCGAGGGAAUAUUCAUCGACUUCCGCCGGCAGCGUUCCAGCUCGUCUGACUUCAGCCGGGAGAGCGAGAGCGCGGCGUGACCUUUGACCUGACGACAGGCCGCUGCAAAGUUUGUAGAAUGAGGGGAGUUUGUUUCGUGUUCAGAAUAGCAGACUAACAUACUCCUCUACCAUACUAGUUUAGCAGCGUGAUAUGUGUAGCUGCACCCUGACGGAGUUCCUUUACCAGACUGCAGACUGGUGACGUUUUUGCACAGAAUCGGAUUAACUGUGCAACGCCGCUGUCUUGUGUUUCUAACUUACUGACUUUCAAAAGGAGGACAAAGGACAAAGUUCACUUUUCUAAUUUUAAUACCAAUGCACGAAAUCCAUGAAUGAUUUUAACUAUUUAAAAAGUUCCUAACCCUAAUCAAUGCAUUUGCAUAAUUAUAAAUAAUAAUGAAUUCAAUAGUCUUCAAGUAUUUUUCCAUAAAACAUUUCUUUAGAAAAUAGUAACAAAAUGAAAAGCAAAGUGCAUGACAAGCAAUAACGAGCACGAGAGAGCAAAGUAUGUUUUUAAAGCUGCUAAAGUUUUUCAGACACGAGCAGUGAUUUCUCCUCUUGUCACAUUACGGUUUGAUUAUUAAUAAUGUGACGUACAGUUAGAUCUAAUAAUGCACUGAUUUAUUGUGAUGCAUCAUAUGUUUUGUCUGGUCUGUUUGUGCAGACGAGCGUUCAUCAGCGUGAGAAAGACGAGCCGAGUUUAGCGUCAGUCGAGGUGUUUGGAUGCGGUUAGUGCAGUGUGCUAGUUCUUCAUUCUGAACACUGCGGUGCUGCUCUACUUCAUCAGUACUUCAUCUCGUGUUUAAUGAAAGAUUCUUAUGGAGCACUGUACGAGUUUGCCAGCAAAUAUUCUUUAGAAAUAGACAGUAAAAUGACUGAUUUUUAAAGACGCUUCUUAGGAGAAACCACUGGAGCUGCAGUCAGUAAGUGAAUGAACAAAACUAUUGUCAUUUGCAGCAGGAUUUUUUCAUUAGUUUGUAAAUAUGAAAAGUUUUCACAAUCAUGUUUUGAAUAAUGACCUUGAUUUUACUUGAGCAGAUCACUAUUUUUAUUGUAAUUCUAAUCGAGUGAAAUAGCAUUUUACUGUUGAUUAAAGAAGUUUGUCCUUUACU